CACACGCUCCGGGCACGCUUUGACCGCCCGGCAAGGCCGGGGCCGAGCCCGGGGCCGAGCCCGGCCCACCCCGGUCACCGCCUCCCUCACGGGCCCGGGCGGAGCCGCGGCCGCCCCGCCUCACCCGGGGCGGGGACCGGAGCGGGCGGUGACGGGACACCAACCACCCGCCCAUCAGCCCGGCCCGUCCGGCGCUGCCGCCGCGCGCGCUGGAUUCUGUGUUUCACACAGGUCACACUCCAAGUCGGUGCCUGAGGACUCUGCCUGUCUCUGUACCCGCUGCAGGAGCAGGCAGACCCGUUUGGCGAGUGUGACCCUGCCUGUCAGCUGUGUGUUGGACAUCCCUGGGGAGACAGCUGAGAAGACCUUGGGAAGAAAAGAACUGAAGCUGGGCGGGUCUGGGGCAGAAAAAUCAGUGAAGGAGGAACUUAGUCAUAAGAAUUACAACCACACCAAGGUAAUCAUCAGCUUCGUUAGGAGUGGCCUCAAACGAACUGGGAACCAGCAGCAGGAAAAGACUACUGCGGGGCAGGAGAAGUGGUGCAGUCCAGAAGGCAGAGGUUGGAGACCUCCUUGCUCGUAGCUGAACAUGCCAGGGGAUGUGAAGAGGUUCACACGAGUGCUCCUGGAAUGCAGCAGCAAUGACAAGCUGUGUGUUGUGCGUGAAUAUCAACCUGAAGUGAUCGUUGUCCCAGUUCUCCUCGUGGGGUCUUUUGUCAUCGUGCUCACUGUGAUCCUUUGGCUCCACUGUCGAGGCUUGAGAGCAAAGCAGGAGCAACCCCCCCCACCAUCUGGAACCCAAGUGAAGACAAAGAACCAGCAGGAAUUCUGCUCAGCAGAGAAUGGCUGCAUGCAGCUAAGUGAGACAUCCGUGGAGAGCCUGCUAAAAUCUGCAUCCCUGACUCUGAAGGAACUGCAGAUACCACGAGAGAAACUCCUGCCAGGCACCUUCCAGCUGAUAAAACACGGUGGCCGUGGGAGCAUCUACAGAGCACAGCUGGAAACUGGGAGCUCUGGGAAGACUAGGACUGUGGUGCUGAAAGCCUUACAAGGCCUGGGCAGUCCCCAGGAAGUAAAGGAUUUCCUGGGGAGGAUUAAAUUCCAUCAAGAUCUUGGCCAUCACGAGAACCUGGUUGAGCUGGUUGGAUGUUGUGUAGACAAACUCCCACUUUAUAUGAUCAUGGAAGAUGUGUCUCUUGGUGACCUGCUGACGUUUCUGUGGACAUGUCGGAAGGAUGUAAUGGCAAUGGAUGGGAUCCCCUAUGACCUCACUGAGAGGCAAGUUUAUGAAGUUGGACAGCAGGUUGCAGCAGCCCUGGCUUACCUUGAAGAGAAGAAGCUGUUCCAUGGUGAUAUUGCUGCCAGGAAUGUCCUCCUCCAUCCCAACUUCUCUGCCAAGCUCUGUGGUUUGGGUCUGGCCUAUGAAACCCACGCUCGUGGUGCCACCUCGGUCACACGGGGUGUGCCAGUCAAGUGGCAGGCCCCAGAGAGGCUCCUGAGGAAGCCCCCCAGCAUCAAGGCAGACGUGUGGUCUUUUGGAAUUCUACUGUAUGAAAUGAUUACAUUAGGUGCUCCACCGUAUCCUGAGGUGCCACCUCCUGACAUCUUAUCACACCUGCAGAGACAGAACAUCAUGAAGCAGCCCUCACUCUGCCAGCAAGCCAUGUACAGCAUCAUGAAGUCCUGCUGGCAGUGGGAUGCAGCUAACAGGCCUUCUCCAGCACAGCUCCUCUGGUCCCUGAAAGCAGCUCUGAAGAGCAGCAAUGGCCACACAGUUCUGCAGGUGCCUGAGCCAGUGGUGCCUGAACUCUAUGCUGAUGUUGCUGGUGUUGAUGUGCACAGUGUAGUGAGGGAAUACACCAUCCUAUGAAGGGCCCUUCCACGUGCUGGUGAAGGAGAAGUCACUUGAGUUUUCCCUUCCUAAAUAUUUUGCAAGCUCAGCAUGAGGUGUGUGUGUGUUGGAAGGGAUCCCUUUGUUUUAUAUAUAAACACAUCCCCGUGUUUAUAUAUCUCACAUCUCUCCUCCAGGCCAGACACAACAAGCUAUUACCAUUGUUAUUAAAUCAACCUGUUGAUAUCA